AUGGAAGCGACUACAGAUCCACCGCAAGGUGUGGAUGACACACACCAACCUGCACCGGGAUCGCCAUCAGUGGUAGUGGAGGAUGAAGGGGAUAUUUCAGUAAAUGGUGAUUCUCAACGGGAGGAAAGUUCAAGAGAGACAACAUACAGUCACCACCGGUUUUGGGACUCCUUUGGACGAGGUCAAACAUUUGGGAAUGAAUGUGUCUUGUUACGCACAGGUGAAUUUUUGCAAUACGUUAUUCCAAAGGCAAAGCGGUGCAACGUACAGUUUCCGCACAACACUGAGUUCAAUGGACCCACCAUGGGUUCACUACUCUCAGGUGCUCGCAGGGGCGGUAGAGCAUCGAACGGUGUGGGUGGGGUUGUGCCCGAGGAUUUUUUACCGCAGCCGGCGCCAAAAGCCGACAGUUUAUGGGGUUUAUUUCGCCAGUCAGCGCGGCCGCAACCCCGCCUCGAUGCCCGUGUGGUUCAUCCUCAGGGGUUUCGUAUCCUGAAGGGUCGCAGUGCAAUAGAGCGAUCCCUGCGUAGUUACUUCAGAUUGCCACCAGCACCCAGCGAACAUCUUAAACGGGAACGUGUCUUGUCCCAGCGGUUGCUGCUCAUAUCCGAUAUGAAAGAUGAUGAGGAGGAUGCUCGUGUAUUUCACGCUGCUAUGGAAGGUAAGCUUAGACCACAGCAGAUUAGAACAAAUGUGACCCCCCCUAAUAUGAUGCUUGAUGGUUUCCUGCUACUGUGCGCCGGCGGUGUCCCGGAGCCAGAUGCAGUGAAGGGGGCAACGCUACAGGGAUCGAGUCUGGUUGGUGUUAUAUCAGAUGACAUGGCCCACUUUGGUAAUCUUUCUUUCCUUGAUGUGAGCGAGAACAAGCUGCUUUUGGAGCAGCUUUUGGUACUCACGGGUCUUGAAGUUCUGCACCUCGCUUAUAACCAAAUUACUUCUCUGGCGGGGUUGGCUGAGGUGGUGCAAAACUCCUUGAAGAGAAGCAUGGGCAACGAUAGUUCGAUGAAGAUGGGUCCCGGAAGUACUCAGCGUGGUGAGGGGAUCGAUAGUUCGGGGCCCGAAAACUCAUCAAUUAGGAGCGCUGCAGCUUAUUACGCGAGGGAGAAUCUGGCGGAAACGUCUUCCACAGACGCGGGUUCUGGGAAAUUUAGUAGUCAGGAAUUCGAACCACCCCCUGCUAAUGUCACCACUGGAAGGAAUACAUUUAGCGGCUAUGUCCGUGAAAGGUCACCCGGGAAAGUUUUAGAUCACAUUUCUCGAAUCGUGGAAUGCAGCACACAUGAUGUCUUAUUGCCCAAUCUUCAUACGUUGAAUCUUUCUUUCAACAGAAUAUCACCGUCAGACAUAUUACAUUUGAGUUACUUUCCUUCAUUAGAGCGAUUGGAUCUCAGUGGAAACAAAUUAUGUAAGCUGCCAGAUGACCUUGCAGGACUUACUAGCGUUACUCAUUUCGCACUUGAGGGGAAUAUGUUUCGUGAUGGUGAAAAUGUAUUUAGAGCUUUGUCAACGAUGCCAGCCCUGAUCGAGGUCAAUUUAAACCACAACAAGCUGCGCCGUGUCCCUCCCAUAUCGGUGAAAGAUGGUCAUGGGCUCUGCUUUCCCAGCAUUGAAGUGAUUGGGCUGUGUCAUAACCGUGUGGAGAGAGCGCAGGAUGUGGUUGCGCUUAGUGAGCUUCAGCAUUCUCUAACCCGGGUAAUACUUAUAGGAAACCCUAUAGCAGCAAACAAGAAGGAACAAGGGGCGGUGCGGGCGCAUUUCGUUCAAACAGUGCUAAGCCGCUAUUGGAAACAAAUGGGCCUUCAAGGUAGCAGCCGCAGUCAGAGAGGGCACGGUUCUUUUAGUCCGUGCGGUACCGAUACGUUGGAUGACAUUGGAUCGUCACAAUUUCAAAGUAAUGUGAGGAGAGGAAGAAUGCGUAGAAAUGACACGGAAAGCGAAGAAAUGCCAAUGUAUGAGCGAUCGGAAGGAGGAAAUCAAGAUUUUAGUGUUUGGAAUAGCGAGACAAAAAAAGAUGGUGCGAGCUCACAACCAUACAGAUACGGUGAUAUGGAGGACUCUGGGGAAAAUGCGGAGACUCCUGAGGAUGGUGAUGUUGGCAUGGAGUGCUUUUACACUAGUAGUGUACAUCAAUCACAGAUAUAUGGGGAAAGUACACAGAGUCAGUCCGCCUUCAGUCCGUCGGAGGACAGUUGUAUCCUAGCAGGUGACAUUUGUUGGUAUGGUGAUGCCCCUAUGCCUCACUCCUUUGACAAGGGCAAAGCUACCACUACAACCGCUCUCCCCUCUUUAACGAACUUCCGUGUCGUUGAGUUUGUUUUCGACGAUACUGUCAUGCCAAAACGAACUGCAGCGCAAUUCUAUGGAAAGAAGCGGUCACAGCAGUCGGGUGAUGUAGUUGUAUCCUCGAUGGUGCAUCCGCGAACGGGACUUGUCACCGUGCCUAAGCACGAGGAAUACAUGAAUGUGCAUCGUCUUGCCGGAACCUCAUCUCAUAAAAACUCCAAACGGCCCUACCGCACGACAAGAGAAAAAGAGAAAAGGCAAAUGGCUCAAGUACUUGUGCCUACGGAUGAUGAUGAUGACGUAAAGGAGGCCGACCCGCAACCGCAUGAGGUGGAGAAGAGAAGGGAGACAACAGACGACGAGACGGAGACUUCUUCGGACGAGGGCGCACUGCCACAGGAUGCCGUUUUCAUGACAGGUGUAGCUUUGGAAGGAAAAAGGACGAAGCGGCGGAAGAAAGUUGAAAUAGAGGACGCCCAAUCCGAAGCCUUGAAAGAAGAUGUCGAGCGUAAAGAGCCUGUGCAAAAACCAGAGACUCCAAAACCGCCACCUCAGUCGAAGCAGCGGGGGCCCGUACGACCGAAGCGUCGUGGAGGAGCUCGAGCGGACCAGGCCCCGCAAAUGGUUGUUGAGCCACCGGGUACGAAUGCACGCAUUCUUAUGAACGAACUUCGUCGCAUGCUUCGUCGUCCACUUCCGCCCCUCCCUGCUGUUUGUACUACACGAGGAGGUGGAAGCAAACCCAGUGGGAUAUGA